GGAGAAGGGUGGGCAUACUUUCGGAGGUGUGCUCAUUUACCACAGCUCCUCCUCCAUGACUCAACCUGCUCUACUUCCUUAUAACCUCUCAGCAUUUGCACUGCUGCUGCCAUCUUUCACUGCUGCCUGUUUCCUGCACACACCACAAGCAAAAUGGCAUCUGGAGUAGAAAUCUGUGACGAUGUGAAGGACAUGAUCGCUAAAAUGAAAGUGGUGAAAAGUGGUGACGAUCAAAAUGACCGUGUGAGACUGGCAAUAUUCAGCAUCAGAGAUUGCAAAGAAAUUAUUGUUACAAAAAAGUUCAACCAAAAAGAUGUGGGAGACAGUCCUGUUUUCUCCAUCAUCACUGACGAGAUGAAAGGAGACCCGUGCUUCUACGCACUGUAUGACUGCAACUUUCAAACCAAGGACAACGUUGACAAAGACGACCUGAUCUUUAUAACAUGGACCUCUGAUGCUGCAUCCAUCAAAAACAAAAUGAUAUACGCCAGCUCGAAAGAGAAUCUGAAGGGGUGUAUGAAAGGAGUCAAACAUCACAUGCAGCUAAAUGAUCACUCAGACUGGAGCAGGCAGGCGCUUGCAGAGAAAAUACAAGACAAAAGCACAUGGAGAGUAGCCAAGAUUGAGAAAGUUGAUAUCUGAAUGUUAGUCGAACCAAUGAGUACUAAACAAACCAUCUUUCCCCGUGUUUCAUAACAAAGUCAAAUUAAAAGAUUUUGAGAGGAUAAUGGCAGUGUUUCAAAAUGAACUUAUUUGUUUUUCUGGAUUUGUAAAAAGCUACAAAAGGGAAAGACUGGGCUGUGAAUGGUAUUAUAUUUCUGUUACACAAACCUGAUGUCUUUGCCUUGCUUACAAGUCCAGUUACACAAAUUUAGCUGGGAAAUCAAUCUUGUUCAUGUCAUUUUACUCUUUUUUUUUUUUUUUUUUUUUUUUUUUUUUUAAUUGAACAUUUUGUAAAAAUAUUAAUAAUCUGACACUUCACUUUUGGUACAUUAAAAUCCCUCAAACUGUUAAUUGUUAAAAUACUUAUAUACUGUUUAAAUACCUGCAUUUGCCAUAUGUGUCUUUGUUGUAAUAGUUAUUUGUUCAGUGUGUACUAGUAUAUGCUGUGCAAUAAGUUAACACUGUAUUGCAGUUUAUAUUGGGUAAUUAUGGCUGGAUUUGUAAGUCUGCCACAUCUGUUUUUCCUUGACUGCUACACUUAGACAUCUGAAAGAAUAGUACAACUUUUAUCCGAAAAACAAAGUUUCCACUGAAAUUACAGCACUCCUUGCACUGUUGAGUACUAUCAAAUAAAUUCAGUGCAACUAUG